AUGGCGAGCACUAACACGCGUCGCUCGACGCUCGCAGCCAUCGAUCCAAACCAGAACAAUGGCCACAUCACUUCGGCUCUACCAGUACCCACUUCGGCCGUCAAGUCAGUCAAGACCAUCACCAGCGGCACCUUUCAGCCUCGCGCGUCCAUGAUCCCGCAACAGUCCAACCCCGUCCGUCAGGUCAGCGCAACCACGGCCAAUGCCAGGGACGCGCAGCUCAACUCACAGACUUCGGGCCCAGCUCAUCCAGGGCAGCAGAGUGGUCGCAGAGGUGACUCGGGAAUGUACGCUGGUAGGCAGAGCGUCGCUUCUGCGGGACGCCAGAGCGUCGCUGUAGUCGCAACACCAAAUUCGAGGAGGUCCAUGGUAGGCAGGCUCUCGAUUGCUCCCGGCAACAUUGGCAACACGGGCGGAUCGGGUGUCAGGGAGACUCGUCCGAUCAAGGACAAGCACUACAAGACGCGCAUGGGUCUCACUGUCAAGGAGCAUCUCGAGCGCACUGGCUUCACCAUGGCGGGUUGGGAUGCCAACAAGGGUGUCCACGAACCCACCCAGUCUGCUUUCGUCGGCAUGUUCAAGCACAUCUACGCCAGCUGCAUCGACACCAACUUUGUCAUGGGCGCAGAUGGAAAGAAGUUCGAGGACGAGGUGCUUACGCUCAUGAAGGAGAUCAAGUACCCCGCCGCCGAUGAGCUCAGCAAGACCAAACUCACAGCAGCCGGAAGUCAGAGCCAUUGGCCAUACUGUCUCGCCAUGCUCGAGUGGAUGGUCAACCUGGGCAAUCAGGCAGAGACCAUCGGAACCGGUCCCAGAUCGCGGCCCGACGAGAUCGAAGACCUGCAGUCGCUCUUCUUCCCUUACCUCUGGGACUGCUACGACCGAUUCUGGCAGAAUGAGGACACCUACCCGGAAGAGCACGCCAAGCUUGGUGUCCGCUUCGAGGACAAGAAUGCCUCAAUAGAGCGCGAACUCAAGGAGCUCCAAGAGGAGCACCGCAAGCUUGAGGCCGAACUUGCGGAUUACCUCAACAACGACUCGCCGCUCAAGAUUGAACGCAGCGAGAACGACAUGCUCACCAAAGACAUCUCCAAGUUUCACAAAUACUACGACGAGGUGCUCGUACCGAAGCUCGAUAAAACCAAGAAGGCUAUCGAGAGGCUCAUCAAGGAGAUCGCGCUCACUGAAAAGGAGAUCGACGACAAGAACAAGCGCAGGGUCGAUCUGCAAGAGCAGGUCAACGCGCAGGAGAUGUCGGCGGAAGAGUACGAGAGGAUGCUGGCCGAGAGAAACCGACUCAGCAAGCGUCUUGAAGUGCUGGGCGAGCAAAACAAGAAGGCGGCUGGCGACGGCUGGUCUCUCGAAAUCGCCAUCGCAAAGAAGCAAGCUGACACCGAGGACCGCAUCUCCAAGUUCAACCCUUUGGCGCGCUCCAUUUCGCUGCUGCCCUUCCGUCUCGGCUCUGGCAGUGUCGUAGAAGAGCUCGAGCUAACGCCUUCGAAUCCGUCGACCAUGCUGCAAUCCGGCGUCGACAUCAAGGGAUCUUUCCGUCGACAGAUCGAGACGCUGCGGUCUCAGGAAGCCGACAAGUAUCGACACGCCUCCAAGAAGCGCCUCACAAUGCAGGAAGAGUACGAGAAGCUGCAGGAAGCGCUGUCCGAGCAAGAGACGCAGCUCGCCUCGGACCGAGAGCGAUGCGAGGCGCUGUCAAGGCAAGCAGCCGAGUACGAGAAGAGCUGCAAGACGGUGCAGGAGCGCUACAAGGCCGACGAGGGCAAGCUGGAGAGAUCUACCUACGAGACCGAGUCCUCUGGAAGCGUUCAUCUGCAACAGGCCGAAUCCCGGUUGACAAGCCUUCAGCUCACUGCCGAGCACAAGGAGGAAGAAUGGAGCCAACAGCGAUCGCGGAUGGACGAGGACAUGCUCAACUUUGUCGUGCUGCUUAGCAAGAUGAAGGGCGAUGUCACUGGUCAACUGCGCGAGAUCCAGGCCGCUGUUGCUCUCAAGAGCCGCGACGACUGA